UUGGAAGUUGGAUGUGCUUUCCGAGUACACUAAAGGGAAUGUGGAGUUGGCAGAUAUAUUCAUGGGAAGACUUUUCUGUGGGUUAUGUCCAGAGUGCAUGUUCAGACUGCAUUGCGAUGACUCUCACACUGCACCUUCAUGGCCUAUUGGACAAGAGCCUGUUGUUUGGUCAGUGUUCUCGGUAACCAAGAUUCUGCCAGUCGGAAGAUGGUGACGGCGAUGAUGAUGAUGAUGAAGAAUAGUCUGUUCCUUCUUGCUUGGCUUAGCUUCUGUGCCAAGGCUGAGGUCUUCACCUCCAUCGGUCAGAUGACAGACCUCAUCUUCACAGAGAAGGAGCUGGUGCAGUCUCUGAAAGAAUACAUCCAAGCUGAAGAAACCAAGCUGUCUGCUGUCAAAAGCUGGGCGAGCAAGCUGGACAUGCUGACCCAAAUGUCGACCUCUGACCCUGAGGGGUACCUAGCGCAUCCAGUCAACGCCUACAAGCUGAUGAAGAGGCUAAACACAGAGUGGUCCGAGCUGGAGAGCCUGGUGCUGCAGGACCCCUCUGACAGUUUCAUCGCCAACAUGUCGGUCCACCGACAGUACUUCCCCGACGAGGAAGACCAGAAGGGCGCGGCGAAGGCUCUGAUGCGGCUGCAGGACACGUACAAACUGGACUCGGAGAGCAUCUCCCAGGGCCGCCUGCCAGGUGUGCGCUACAACGCGCUCCUGACGGUGGACGACUGCUUCGACAUGGGGAAGAUGGCCUACAACGACGCCGACUACUACCACUCCGUCCUGUGGAUGCAACAGGCCCUGCGACAGCUGGACGCCGGUGAAGACGCCUCCACCUCCAAAUCUGACGUCCUGGACUACCUCAGCUACUCCGUCUACCAGCUGGGAGACCUGCCCCGCGCCAUCGAGCUCACCAGACGCCUGGUCUUCAUCGAUCCCAGCCACCAGAGGGCGGGAGGGAACCUGCGCUACUUCGAGAAGCUGCUCUCCACGGAGAUGCGUGAGCAGGCCAGGAAGCCGACGGACCCCGCGUCAGAGCGGCCCAUCGACCUGGCCACCUACGAGCGCCCCCGCGACUACCUGCCCGAGAGGGACACCUACGAGGCCCUGUGCCGCGGAGAAGGGGUCAAAAUGACCACGCAGAGGCGCAGCCGGCUGUACUGCAGGUACCAUGACGGGAGGAGGAACCCGCGCCUCCUGCUGGCGCCCAUGAAGGAGGAGGACGAGUGGGACAGCCCCCACAUCGUGCGCUACCUCGACGCCCUGUCCAACCAGGAGAUCGAGAAGAUCAAGGAGCUGGCCAAACCCAGGCUUGCGAGAGCGACUGUGAGGGAUCCCAAGUCGGGCGUUCUGACGGUCGCUCACUACAGAGUAUCGAAAAGUGCAUGGCUGGAAGGAGAGGAGGACCCUGUCAUCGACCGUGUCAAUCGCAGGAUACAGGACAUCACCGGCCUGACUGUAGACACAGCUGAGCUGCUACAGGUCGCCAACUACGGCGUCGGGGGUCAGUACGAGCCGCAUUUCGAUUUCUCACGGCGUCCUUCUGACAGUAGCCUGAAGAAAGAUGGAAAUAGGCUUGCAACCUAUCUGAACUACAGAGAUGAGCCUGAUGCUUUCAAAUCAUUAGGCACUGGAAAUCGUGUGGCUACUUUUUUAAAUUAUAUGAGUGACGUAGAGGCGGGAGGGGCGACCGUGUUCCCUGAUUUCGGGGCCGUCAUCUGGCCCAGGAAGGGCACCGCGGUCUUCUGGUACAACCUCUUCAGAAGUGGAGAAGGAGACUACAGAACCAGACACGCCGCCUGCCCCGUUUUAGUGGGAAGUAAAUGGGUGUCCAAUAAAUGGAUCCACGAGCGCGGCCAGGAGUUCCGGAGACCGUGCGGAUUGACGGAAGUGGACUGAAUGUUUCCGGGGCUUCUCCGCUGCUGAACCACCCCCCCACCCGCCCCGCCCAGCCCAGGACCUGAGGCCCAGCCCCUCCUGUAGGACCUGAACUACCAAGCACAACCCCGCACAUCCCUCUGGGUGUGGACCUACCCUGGAACACCACUUGAACAGAUCUGGAAUGUUGGGAAAUAUGGAAAUCCACAGAUACGCCUGCAGCUCACUGGCUCUUUUCCCAUACAUCCUGUGGUCAGGUGGUGACUUGGAAACACAGAUGUCUGUUGCUACUUUUAUCCUUUUAAAACGGUCUUCAUUCAUGCCUUGAAAUGCAUAAAAACCCACCUAACAAUUAAGCCCCAUAAACAGUUGCUUUUAAACCGUUGGAGCUAUUUAUAGCCAGUGUAAGUUAUUGCACUGUACCAUUGUAAUAUGUUCUGUGGUUAAAAAAAAAUUUGGGCAACACACAAUAAACUUUUUUUUAUUUUUAUUUGAUUUGAUGCCAAGACCAUAUUGUUUUUGUUUUUUUAUUCUGAGUAUUUGUAUUAAUGUUAAAUGAUUUUGUGUACCACGUAACGCAUACGUUAUGUCUGUAUUUAAAAAUCACACAGUAAUGGUUACAUCCUGAAAAGUGUGAGGCUGAGUUGAUAUUUAGUGAUGAUAUUUAAUGCACAAAAAAAUUAAGUGCUAGUA